UGCAUCUUAACAAACCUUGAGUUUCCUAUAUAUUUUGGUUUUUUCUAUAAAUGAGUGUAAUCUAACACAUGUACUACACUUCAAUCUAUCCCUCCUUUGAUGGCCUUUGUACAUUUCUUCCUUCUACUUCUGUCUUGUUUUGGAGUUGAUGCAGUCGUUUUUACAUUGCAAAACCGAUGUGAUUAUACCGUGUGGCCGGGGAUCCAAGCUUCCGGUGGCCAACCGCAACUCAUGCAAGGUGGACUUGAGCUGAAACCUUUACAAUCAAGAAACCUGACAGCACCAAAAGGAUGGUCAGGCAGGUUUUGGGGCCGAAGCGGAUGCAGGUUCAAUGUUUAUGGUGAGGGAACCUGCACCACUGGAGACUGUGGAAUCGGUCUCUAUUGCAAUGGCGCAGGCGGUGAACCACCUGCUUCUGUAGCGGAGUUCACCCUGGAUAGCCCAGUGGACUUUUAUGAUGUGAGCCUCUUGGAUGGCUUCAACAUGCCAAUAUCGAUUUUCCCAUAUGAUGACUCGGGUGUUUGCCCGACUGUUGGUUGUGACACAGACUUGAACCAGCAUUGCCCCACGAACCUCGUAGUGAGAGGAGAUCGAGGAGAAAUAGUGGCGUGCAAGAGCGCGUGCACCGCUUUUCAGACGCCAGAAUAUUGUUGCACCGGGCCAUUUCAAAAUCCCAACAGAUGCAAGCCCACAAGAUACUCUCAGAUUUUCAAGAGGGCCUGCCCUUCUUCUUAUACAUAUGCUUUUGAUGACCCGUUAACUACUGUUACCUGCAGAGAUUCAGAUUACAUGAUCAUAUUCUGUUAACUUUGACACUUGGUUAUUAUUAAUUAUACAUAUAUAUUUCCUCAUAUUCCAUAUCAA